AUGAAAGCCGUCAGCUUCAAGGCAUACUCCUGGUCUAUAGCUCUGUAUUGGGGUCUUGUGCUCAAUUCGAUAUUUUUUUCUACCGCUGAUGAUGUCUUGCACGAUGAGUCCGAAAACAGAAAGGCCACCUCAAGAGCAAAUAAUCAAACCGACAUAGAUCUUACCAAUGCGAGUGCGACUACUCAAAAUUUGGCACCUCCAAAACUUUUGACCAAUCCACACGACAGUGACGAUUUAGCAGUUAAAUCUAAGUUGUUAAAUUUUGAUUGUGGAAUCGAUAAGUUAUGCUAUGCUGGUCAGCUAUGUUCACCAGUGAAAGGCAAAGACUGGUAUGUCUUGGUCGCCGCGCAAGAGUGGAACUCUUACAUGAAUGUGGUAUAUCAAGCCGUUGGCUUUGCCAUGACUAUGAUGCAAGGAAUCAUUCCAUCAAUGAUAAAAGAUUUCUUUCCUGACGAGCAUGAUGACUGGGCUAUCGCCAAAGCGUACCUGACGUUUUUCUCGAGUUGUGCCAAAGUGCACCCAACGGAAGGGCAUAUAUCGAAUACUAAAUGGUGGAUGCAGCUAGUCCAGGGACAGAUCGGAUUGACAGCUGGGGAAGCCAACAUUAUGGAUUACGCAGUCAUUCCGGAUCCGGUAAACCAACAUGAUAAGCUGUCAAAAACUCAAGACUUGAUCCAAAGCAAAUUAACUCAAAACUCAGAGGAGAUUAUUAGCUCUGGGAUCAGCACAGAUCAGGGAAUUUACGGCGUACUUAAAGAUGGGGCGUUUCUGAUAGAUCAUGUCCAUUGCCAAAGUCUUGUCAACCUUGCAGCAGGUCAACAAAAAAUUUUUCAUUUUACGUGGGAGUUAUUUGAGAAGUAUAAUUUCACAGCAAAGUUUCUGACUGAAAGGGCAUGGAAAUGUCAAUCUAAUACUAAACAGUUUCAACCAGAAGUGUGGAAUUUGUCAAAGCCAAUCAAAAUUGACUCUGAAUGCAGUUUCAACUUGGCAGUAUGUGAUCUCACUGCACCAGACACUAGAGAAUUAAGGAAGCAAGGGAAAAGCAUCACAAAAAUCUGCAGAAAUUACUUAGGAUUACCAAUAUAA